AUGUUUCAUUUGAACAACAACAACAGAACAUCACAACCUUCUUCCUUGUACGGCACCCAAUGGAAUUAUCCUCGUUACAACAAGAAAGCACAAUCACCAUCGAAGGUGGUUUCAAUUCCGGUUCAUUUCGUGGGAUCAGAGAGAAACAAAGCCAAUUCAGCAACGAAGAUUGAGAAGGUUGCAAGAGGGUUUCUUGUGAGGAAGAGUUUGAACAAGAUGUUGAAGAUGAAAGUGGAGUUGGAUGAGAUUGAGAAGAAGGUGAAUGAUGAAGAAACUGUGAAGAUGAUGAAAAAGGAGCAAAAAGAGAGGAUAAGGAUCGCUGAAACAAUUAUGAAUUUGCUUCUUAGGUUGGAUUCUGUUAGAGUAUUUCAUUGUUCUGCUCUUAGGGACUUGAGAAAGUCGAUUAUCAAAAGGGCUAUUGUUCUUCAAGAAUUUGUUGAUCAAAUUCAAAUGGUGGGUCCCACAGAGGAAGUUGAAGGCGGUGAAGGUAAGUGUGUUGAGGUUGAAGAGAAUUGUUUGGAGAAGGAAGAGGUGGGGUGUGAAGAGGAGAAUGAGGGUGGUAAUAAAAUUGAAGCUUUGGUGAAUGAGGAUGGUGAGGUGAAUUGUAUGGAGAAAGAAGAGAGGGGGUGUGAAGAGAAGAAUGAGGGAGGUGAAAAAAUGGGACCUUUGAUGAAUGAGGAUGGUAGCGAGGGUAAAUGUGUGAAAGAAGAAGAUCAUUUUUUGAUGAAGGAGGGGGGUGGUGAAGAUGAGGAAGGUGACAAAGUGGAAGCUUUAUGGAAGAAGGAGGAGAUGGAGGAAGAAGAUAGGGGGUGUAAGGAGGAGAAUGAGGGAGGUGAAAAAUUUGAAGCUUUGGGGAAUGAGGAGAACAAUGAGGAUGUGAAGAAGAUGGAGGUAGAAGAGAAGGAAGAGAGUGUGGGAACAAGUUUGGUGGAGGAAGGAAUUAAGGAAAGUGUAGAUGUGAAAGAAGAGGAGGGUAGAAUUGGAAAUGAAUUUGAGGAGGAGAAUUGUUAUAAGGAAGAAGAUGGAGGGAAUAGAAAAAUGUUGAAAAGGAUGAUGGAGGACAAUGAGAAGAUGAUGGAAAUGAUGGCACAAUUAUUUGAGAGGAAUGAGAAGCAAACAACACUUCUUACAUCUCUUACACAAAGAGUGGAGCAGCUUGAGAGAGCAUUUACUUUUGACAAGUUGAGGAGGAAGAAUAAGAAGAGGAGGAAUGUUGAUGCCAAACACAGACAUAAUGGUUGCAUUUGA